AUGAGCAACGAGUCCUGUCAAGACAUCCGCGAGUAUCUGCUGACCAACCACAGCGACAUCACGCUCCAGCCCGUCACCAUCAUCAUUUUCGUCUUUUUGUACUCUCUCAUCAUCAUGUGAGUUUCUCAGAUCCCUUCUGCAUGAGUCCCAAAUUACAAGCUUUAAUAUUUUCUUUUGUUUCAAGGACUGUUUUGAACUUUCUAGUUGAAUUGUUUUAUUUUUUUCGUAAAAUGGAAAUGAAAAAAAGAAUAAAACUGCAAAAUGUUGAUGCGAUGUGAAAUCAAACCUUUUUUGUGGACUUUGAGUACUUUUUUUGAUACGCGCGACUGUAAAAAAAUUUUUUUUGUUAGCUAUUAGAAACGUCUUUUUUUCGAUUUUCAUGGAAACCACUAUCAUCGAAGGUUAUUCGAAAGUGUAACAAAAAAAGAGCUCACUAUCAUUCCACCGACCUGAUAAACUACAUCUUUUUGCAAUGAAAAAAAUUUUUGUAAAUUAUAUUUAUUGAAUCUGAAUUCCUAUCUUUUAGAAACGAAAAAUUUUCAGGAACUUCCGAAAGUUUCGAUUUUUCAAAAAAUCACAGAAGAGUGCGUAAAACUAAGAAAUUAAAAUGUUUGAAAAACUUAAAAAUACUUUCAGAAAGCUCUUUUCUUCAAAUUUUUUUCAUGAAUUAUUUCAGUGUGGGCGUCGUAGGCAACAUGUUGGUCGUGAUUUCGGUGUGUCAGCAUCGGGCUCUGCAGUCCGUCCGCAACGUCUUCAUCGUGUCGCUGUCCUGUUCAGACAUCGUCGUUUCUUUGGUCAGCGCCUCCGUCACCCCGAUUACGGCUUUUUCCAAAGUCUGGCUCUUUGGCGUUCACCUCUGCCACUUAUUACCUUUGAUUCAGGUAAGACAUUUGCAUGGCUCAAACCAAAAAUACAAAGUUACAGGGGACUUCUCUUUGUUUUUCGACUUUAACUCUUACCGCCAUAGCCAUAGACCGCUUCAUCUUAAUUGUCUUCCCUACAAAAAAGUGAGCUUUUUUUGAGAUCGAACUGCCUGUUAUCUUAUGAUCAUAACAAAAAGUCUUAGAAGAUUCAUUUGCCUAUACGUUUCAUAUUUUUUUUUCUUUCUUUUUUCACAUGAGAUUUCAAAAAAAAACUUUUAAAACUAUUGCAAAAAUGUGCCCGUGUCUUGAAUUAUUUUCACGUUUUCUUCUGCGUACUUUCGAAGUGUGAAGGGCACUGGUCCCAUAAUAAACAGCACUAAUUUUCAAUUUCUCACCUCUGCGGUCUCUUAUUAUUUUUUUUUAAGGAAAAAAAGACAUUGAAAAAUAAUUUUCUUCUUUCAAAACAUUUGAUGUCCUUUUUGCAUCGAACUAUGCAUACCGAAUUUCAGGCCGAUACAAAAAACUCACGCAUUCCGAAUGAUUUUUUUCAAUAGCACACUGGCCCUUGCGCUGUCUGUGCCUAUGUUCAUCAAGCAGAAACUGGAGCCUUUUCAAAACUUCUGCGGAGAAUUCUGUUCUGAAACCUGGGAAGUCGACUCAAUGGAACGAAGUAUCUACGGUAACUUUUUAUGAAGUCAUUCCAUCUGCGUCAUUUCUUCAAAAAAGUGCGGUAAACAAAUUAAACGAUAUAAUUGUUCAGGGACGCUUGUUUUUUUCAUCCAGUUCAUCUUCCCUUUUGUUGUGAUCGCCUUCUGCUACACUGCAAUAUCCAUCAAAUUGAGAAGAGUGCGUUUCAAUAAAGUUCAUUCCGGAUUUCAGAACUUUUGUUGUCGACUACUGGUCUAAUCCUGCGCAACUUUCAGGGCAUUCUGGUCCGAGCCAAUUCCCAACAACCGAUGCUCACUGAGCAACGUAAAGCUGCCUUGAAAAGAAGGAUUCGAACUAAUCGCAUGCUCAUAGCCAUGGUAAGUUAGAAUUGGAAGACGUUUCCUGGCCUUGUUUCUAAGUUAACUUCCGCGAUUGGAAACUUCUAUUUCCCCUGAGAGAAUAGCGUAUCUUGGAGGGUCUUGGAAAGAAUUCACUUAGUACUGUUUAUGCUAUUCGUGUUAUGCGAUCAAGGAAAACUAUCUAGUUUAUGCAUCGAAAAGUUUGAAAAGCGGUCAAACAGUUGAAAAUCACGUCAAAUACUCUACAAACUAUUGAUUUUUCAACACGGUGUCUCUGUAACUCUCCGAUUCAGCAGAUACAAAAAAAUUUUGAUUGUGAUAAGAUUCUAACCAGUGUCAUCAUAAGACGUCAGAAUUGUGGACACAACUUUUUAAACCAUUUUCGUAGCCGGGUUACGGUAGACGCUUUUUCACAUAUUUUUCUCUGAAUUUACAGGUUUGUUCUAUGCGAGUUGUAUAUCAAUCGAUAGACUUUCUUUAGUUACUUAAGAAAUUUUUGCGAUACGGCACUUUUUGUGUUUGCGAUUUUGGUAUUUCGGUCACCCUGCUUGCAGUAGUUAAAUUCCGUUAAAGUUCUGAAAAUACUUAAAAUACUUGAUGCAAUGAAAAAUUUUUUCAGAGGAUCUGAUUAAAUAAUCCAUGGUAUGAAAAAAUGCAAUCAGUUUUUCAUACUCAAAUUUUUUUCGGUUGAGAGAGGAAGCUUCUUGCUUCAAAAAGUUGAACAAUUUGAAAAUUCAAAAAGUCUUUAAUUUACAGGUCGGAGUUUUCUUUUGCUGCUGGCUUCCUUCUGUUGUUUUCAACUUUUUGCGGGAUUAUAAUCUGCUGCCAGCUUUUGUCACUCGACAAGGAUAUUUAUUCGGACUCAUUACCCAUUGCAUUUCCAUGAGGUCAUUCACUCGUUUUGUCUUUCGAAACACCUUCUUUUUCUUCAGCUCGACCGUUUGGAACCCUUGUCUCUACACGCUUUGCAAUGAACAGUUCCGAGCGGCUUUCACGAUCUUCCUACAGUAUAUGCGUCGCACAGAGAAAAAAGUGAGAAAACUGUAGAACAAAAUAUAUUGUGGAAAACAGUCAUUGCAGGAUCAACAAACAGCAAGUUGUUCUAGAUUACUUUCAACAACAUACGGAGAAAAUUCGGUUCGGCGGUCGACUCCACGGUCUCCUAG